AUGGCCAAGAGAGAUUUGAGAACAGAAAGAAUCCAACAGGAAAGAAAACAGUGGCGUAAGGAUCAUCCGUUUGGAUUUUAUGCCAGACCCACAAAAGCCGCAGAUGGUUCUCUAGACCUUCAUAACUGGGUGGCAGGUAUCCCUGGUAAAUCCAAUACGAUGUGGGAGAAUGCCACAUAUCCCGUCACAAUAGCGUUUCCAGAGGAGUACCCGGCCAAGCCUCCUAAAAUUAGAUUGCCUUCUGGCUUUUAUCACCCUAAUGUGUAUCCUUCGGGUACCAUUUGUUUGUCUAUCUUGAACGAGGAUCAAGAUUGGAGACCUGCUAUAUCGCUAAAGCAAUUGAUGCUUGGAAUUCAGGAACUUUUAGAUACUCCUAAUCCUACAUCACCCGCUCAAGAGCCCUCUUGGAGAGCAUUCGAAAAGGAUAAAGUGGAAUACGAAAAGAAAGUUAGACAGCAGGCCAAAGUGUAUGCUGAUAAGCAUUAA